AAAUCCACAUUUCAACUCUUUCUAUCAUCAUUAUCCUUUUUAUUUGUUUUUUGCUUGCUUUUCAGGCCUAGUUCCACUGAUCUAAUGGGGAUGGAUUUUGAAUUUAUUUUGGGCGGAAUUACAGUUUCUACUAUGGUUCUUCUGUUUGUUCUAUUCAAUUCUGCAUCAAAGAAGGAGGCCACAGGUUUAGUACAUGCAGAAAAUAAUGGUAGCAGUAUGAUAACAACAACAGCAGAAAAUGGAAACCAACAUCAAGAAAUUUCACCAACCUCCGACAUCAUCAUUGUCGGUGCUGGGGUUGCUGGUUCAGCCCUUGCUUACACACUUGGCAAGGAAGGAAGGCGAGUGCAUGUUAUUGAAAGGGACUUGAGUGAACCAGACAGGAUUGUGGGAGAAUUGCUACAACCUGGAGGUUAUCUCAAGCUAAUUGAGUUGGAUCUCCAAGAUUGUGUGGGUGAGAUUGAUGCUCAGCAAGUCUUUGGCUAUGCUCUUUACAAGGAUGGGAAAAAUACCAAACUUUCUUAUUCCUUGGAAAAGUUUGACUCUGAUGUUUCUGGAAAAAGCUUUCACAAUGGCCGUUUCAUACAGAGAAUGCGAGAAAAGGCUUCAACUCUUCCAAAUGUAAAAUUAGAACAAGGGACUGUCACAUCUCUGCUAGAAGAAAAUGGAAUCAUCAGAGGGGUAAACUACAAAACCAGAAAUGGACAAGAGCUCACAGCUAAGGCUCCACUGACUAUAGUAUGUGAUGGUUGUUUUUCCAACUUGAGACGUUCUCUUUGCAACCCAAAGGUUGAUGUACCAUCUCAUUUUGUUGGUCUGGUCCUAGAGAACUGCAAUCUUCCAUAUGAAAACCACGGGCACGUUAUCUUGGGUGAUCCUUCUCCCAUUUUGUUUUAUCCCAUAAGUAGCACUGAGAUUCGGUGUCUGGUUGAUGUGCCUGCUGGCAAAAAAUUACCUUCCCUUGGUAAUGGGGACAUGGCUCGUUAUUUGAAAACAGUUGUAGCUCCACAGGUUCCCCCAGAGUUGCAUGCUUCUUUUAUAGCAGCAGUUGACAAAGGAAACAUAAGAAGCAUGCCAAACAGAAGCAUGCCUGCAUCUCCGUAUUCCACACCUGGUGCCCUUCUCAUGGGAGAUGCUUUCAACAUGCGUCACCCUUUAACUGGAGGGGGAAUGACUGUGGCUUUGUCUGACAUUGUUUUGCUGAGGAACCUUCUUAGACCCCUGCAUGAUCUUCAUGAUGCUAAUGCUCUUUGCAAAUAUCUUGAAUCAUUCUACACCCUACGCAAGCCAAUGGCAUCUACAAUAAACACUUUAGCUGGGGCAUUAUACAAGGUGUUUUGUGCAUCACCUGACCCAGCUAGUAAGGAACUGCGCCAGGCUUGUUUCGAUUAUUUAAGCCUUGGAGGUGUUUUCUCAGAUGGACCAAUAUCUCUACUCUCAGGUCUAAAUCCUCGUCCAUUAAGCUUGGUUCUUCAUUUCUUUGCUGUGGCUAUAUACGGUGUUGGUCGCUUACUCAUACCAUUUCCUUCUCCAAAACGCAUGUGGAUUGGAGCUAGAAUUAUUUCCGGUGCCUCUGCUAUCAUUUUUCCCAUUAUCAGGGCUGAAGGAAUUAGACAAAUGUUCUUCCCUGCGACUGUGCCAGCAUAUUACAGAACACCUCCUUCCAAUUUGCAUGAUUAAAUACAGAUAUUGGAAGAAAAGACAUGCAAAAAGGAUAAAUAAGUGAGCCUAGAGGAGAAUUCUGGUGUAGGCUCCAUAUAUUAGGCCGCUGGUUUUGUCUGUUUGCAAUAUACAUGUUUUUUAUGAAUACAAUUAUCAAAUGUAUCGUAUCUACUUCAGGACAAUACCAAAUUUCCAAGGUCAACCUUCCGUUGAAAAGUGUUCAAAAUGAUUUAUACUUUCAUGUAAAAGACACCAAUAAUAUAUUUCGUAUCAAUAAAAAUUUUAAAUUUGAUGUGAUAAA